ACAAAUAUAAAUAUGUCAACCUACAAGAAUGUGAAGCACACAUAGAAAAACAAAACCAUAAUAUUGAAAAGAAGAAGAGAGAAAAAUGGGAGAUGAUGAUAAAGGUGCAGUUUGUGUGACAGGAGCAACAGGUUAUAUAGCUUCAUGGUUGAUUAUGAAGCUUCUUCAACAUGGUUACAAUGUUCAUGCUACUGUUAGAUCACACCAUUUUAAAGAAAAGAAAGAUUUGGAUUAUCUUAUAAGCUUACCAGAAGCAGCAAAGAAGCUAAAACUCUUCUAUGCUAACCUUGACGAUUCAACUAGUUUUCAUAAAGCAAUACAAGGGUGUAUUGGAGUUUUCCAUCUUGCACACCCUAUGGAUAUACAAAACCAAGAGUCCGAAGAAAGAGUGACAAAAAGAACAUUAGAAGGAACAAAGGGAAUUUUAAAAGCAUGUUUAGAAUCAAAGACGGUGAAAAAAGUGGUUUACACUUCUAGUGCUACAACAGUUUUAUUUAACGGAAAGAAUGAUCUUGAUAUGGUGGAUGAAGAUGUAUGGAGUGAUAUUGAGAUUUGUAGAAGUAUUAACCUUGUCGGAUCUUCUUAUUCGGUGUCUAAAAUUUUGACUGAAAAGAGUAUUUUAGAGUUUGGAAAAGUUAAUGGAUUUGAAGUUGUGAGUUUGAUUCUUCCUUUGGUUGUUGGACCCUUUAUUUGCCCUACUAUACCAUCAUCAGUUUAUAUAUCACUGGCCAUGAUAUUUGGAGAUCAUAGUCGAUACAAGUAUCUCGCAAUCUCAUACAUGGUGCAUAUAGAUGAUGCGAUACGUGCACUUAUAUUUUUAUUUGAGUGUGAGAAUGCUAAUGGAAGGUAUAUUUGUUCUUCGGACCAAAUAUCAUUUCAUCAAAUGUAUGAAUUUCUUCGUCAAAAAUAUUCAGAAUAUCACAUAACGAUACCAAAUUCAAUUGAGACGGAAAAUUGUAAUGGAAAGUUUAGUGGUUUAUCAUCAAGAAAGCUCUUGGAUAUUGGGUUCAAAUUUAAGUAUAACAUCAAUGAUAUGUUUGAUGGAGCGAUAGAAUCUUGUAAAGAGAAAGGAAUCUUAUAAACUUUGGAUCACAUGUGUAAUAUUUAAAUCCAAUGGAAUUAUUAUAUCAACUAUCCAAAUUAAAGUGAUCGAAAUGUAUCUACAGUUUAUGGCUAAGGGCAUAAUUUUUAUGAAAAUACUAUGUAAAUACCAAAAAUGUUAUUUAUAUUUUUUUGAUGGGUAUAAAUAGAAAUAUUAAAAGAUUGA